AUGUGGCCGCUGCUGCUGCUGCUGCUCGCGGGCGCCGGCGCCGAGCCCCGGGUGUUCCGGGUGCCCCUGGACGCGCAGGGCCGCGCCAGCCUGUCCUGGCUGCUGGACCCCGGCUCGCGCAGCCUCCAGGCCGAGGUGCACGCGCGCGACCUGCCCGCCGCCGCCUGGUUCGCCGUCGGCUUCUCCGACCACGGCGAGGCGUGGCCCGCCGACUACUGCGUGCUGUGGACCGACUGGAGGGGCCACACGCACCUGCAGGACGCGUGGGCGGGCGCGGACGGCCGACUGUCGGUGGACGCGCAGCAGGACUGCGGGUCCUUCCAGUUCGUGCGCCGCCGCAACGUCACCAAGUUCGCCUUCACGCGCGCCUUCGACACCUGCGACGACCGCGACUACAUCAUCGAGGACGGCACGACGCACGUGGUGUGGGCCUGGGGACGCGGGCCCUUGUACCGGCUGGCGGGAGUCCACGUGGCGGACGCCUCCUCGCGAGGCAUGCAGCGCGCGCAGCUGCUGAAGACCACUGCGCCGGCGGCGAGCCUGCCCGAGGGCACCUUCGGGCACGAGGUGGUGGCGCAGAGCGUGCACGUGCCCGCCGACGAGACCACGUACUGGUGCCACGUGCACCGCCUGCCCGACAGCCUCGCGGUCAAGCACCACGUGGUGCAGUUCGAGGCGACCAUACAGGCGGGCAACGAGGGCCUGGUGCACCACAUGGAGGUGUUCCACUGCGAGGCGCCGCCCUCGGAGGUGGUACCCGAGUACCGGGGGCCCUGCUUCGCCCCAAGCAGGCCCGCCGCCACCCAGGUGUGCAAGAGGGUGCUGGCGGCCUGGGCCAUGGGCGCGCCGCCCUUCGUCUACCCCGAGGAAGCUGGGUUGCCAAUCGGCGGUCCUGACUUCAACCCCUAUGUGAUGCUAGAGAUUCAUUACAACAACCCAGAAAAGAAAUCAGACUGGGUGGACAGCUCCGGCGUGCGGCUGCACAUUUCUCCGCGUCUGAGAGCCUUCGACGGCGGCGUCCUGGAACUGGGGCUGGAGUAUUCCGACAAGAUGGCGGUGCCGCCCGGCCAGCGGGACUUCCCCCUCAGCGGCUACUGCAUCUCCGAGUGCACUGCCGUGGGGAUCCCGCCCGAGGGCAUCGUGGUGUUCGGGUCGCAGCUGCACACGCACCUGACCGGCUCGCGCGUGUUCACGCGUCACUUCCGGGACGGCACGGAGCUGCCCGAGCUGAACCGCGACGACCACUACAGCACGCACUUCCAGGAGAUACGCCUGCUCAAGAGGCCGGUGCGUGUUCUGCCGGGUGACGCCCUGGUCACCACGUGCUGGUACCGCACCCAGGACAGAAGCAACGUGACCCUGGGAGGGUUCUCCAUCAGCGAGGAGAUGUGCGUCAACUACGUGCACUACUUCCCCAAGGUCGACCUGGAGGUCUGCAAGAGCUCCAUCAGCGACCAGGCGCUGCAGACAUACUUCCGGUUCCUGCGCGAGUGGGAGGGCCAGCCCACCUCGCCCCAGCAGGGGGUGUCGGACAACUACCGCGCCGUGCAGUGGACGCCGAUGCGCGCGCACGUCUUGUCCGAGGUGUACCGGGAGUCGCCGCUGUCCAUGCAGUGCAACCAGUCCUCGGGAGAGCGCUUCCCCGGCUACUGGGAGAACCUGCCGCACACCCCCGAGCUGCGCCCCUUGCCGCCGCCCCCCAGGCGGUGCGCCGCCCCCGAGCUGCGCUAGGACCUCGUCCGCCUCUUGCACCAUCCGGCGAUAGGCUGGAAUCCAAAUGCUUUUUAACUUCUGGCUGCUUCAGUGAUUCGACCACAGGUUGUCUGAAGGACUCUGAACCAAUUAAAUAACCUCAACGGAAGAAUUAACGAAUCACACACAUCCCAGUUAACAGGUGUCACCAGUCAUUAGCCAACGAGCAGGUGUAAUUUUCCAGAAUACAUGGAGAAUCACGGAGUCUAUCUCAGAGGUCAUUGAAACAGAUAAUUUUUCCGGUCUCUGCCGAUGAUAAAACAUCAGCCAUCGGUUCUUUCUUUGGAAUCGACACAUCUGUUUCUGAAGAAAACAUCGAUUCGCCCCCUUUCCCUUCAUACAACAGUUUCUCAUAAUAAUUGGUAAAUACCUGCUUUGUGGCGUUAUUAUUUGAAGACUGUUCAAAAUGUAUAUUUUAUACAUUUGAUUAACAUUUUAAUUUGAUUAUGUAUCUUUGACACAAAUAAUAAAAUAAAGAAAAUACAUUUGACCCAAUUUAAAGCGAUCCCAAUAGAAGGUGGAAUUUGGCAGCAGCCUUUGAACGAAAGACAUUGGCUUAUGAACAGUGGCGGAUCCAGAAAUUUAUUUUUCGGGAGGAAAUCUAAAAAAAUAGUAAACUUAUAUUAUAUUAUUACGUCAACAAGACGUUUGGAAAGUUACAUUAUCAUUCUCAACAUACACCACUUCUUGUGUGGUCUGUAGUUCCGGUUGUUGUAACAAGUUUUGAGGAUCUCUCCUUCUAUUUGAUAACCCAGCCUUUAUGCCUAAUAGGAUUUUAAGGCUGGGGUCUCCAUGGGCAUGGAUGCGGAUACGCCGCAUACGCAACCAGGAGGGCGUUAGAGCCGUUAGCUAUACACAGUGGCUGAGGCUACCCAUCCCAGCUUAUGCACCACCUCCAGCCCCCUACCCCACUCAGCUUACCAGCAAGUUGGAUGCUCCCUUAGCCCUCUGGAGUUGUCAUCACUUCUGGCGCCUACCCCAGUCUCCCGCAUCACACUGGGACUCCUCAAUCACCCAGCGAACCCGCGGUCCGGUGGAGGCCUACCCAACCUCUUCCAGCUGACCAGGCUGGUAACCGGAGCUGUUCUCGUCGCUCAUCACGUCAGCACGUCAUAGGGCUAGGGAACGCUGAUACCUACCCCUAAAGCACUAGGUUGUUGUAACAGUCAUCUCUCAUCAACCCAUAUAACGAACUACCUUAAUUGAGAACUCGCAUGUAUAUAUAUAUAUCCAUAUCCUAUCCCUUCUCUUGUGUCCGCCACUGCUUAUGUAUGCACAAGUAUGUGGAGCCUAGUGCCACAAAGUAAACGAGAAUGUGGCAGGUCUCUAGUAAUUUGUUUACGGAUGGCUGGAACCUAAGAUAACCUCAUCUGUAAAUUGUACUCACCAAUUAUUAACAACCCUAAUGCUCAGAGAUAAGAAGAGAAUGAACUGGUAUCGAAUUGUUGAUGCUGCUGAAUAAAGUAAAAAAAAUAAAACAACA